UGUGUGUGUGUGUGUGUGUAGGGUAUGGAACUGAGGAACCCCUUCAGUAUGGUGGACAACAUGAUGAUGGGUAUGAGGAGCAGGAUGGACGACAUGCACAGGAACUUCGAAAACCUGUCGACGGACUCGAACACACACUCCUUCAGCUCCUCCUCCAUCAGCACCUACUCUAAAGUGGGGAACGAGCCCCCCAAGGUGUUCCAGGCCCACAGCCAGACACGCCGCGCCCCCGGAGGGGUCUGUGAGACCCAGCGCACCCUGAAGGACUCGGAGAGCGGCUUGGAGAAGAUGUCCAUGGGCCACCACAUCCAGGACCGCGGCCACGUCGUGGAGAAGAAGCGCAACCACAAGACGGGCGAGCGCGAGUUCAACCAGGACUUCCAGAACAUGGACGAGUCUGAGGCGCAGGAUUUCGAUAAUGAGUGGCAGAAGGAGGUGUCUAAGUUCCAGCCGGUGGCGCCGCUCGCUCAGCUCGAGGGGUCCAAACCGAGAAACCGCACUGUUCACCGAGCUGCCAUCGCCGCCCCGGACGACGCCAGGAGAAGCCCUGAAGUGGAAGGGAGGAGGAGCCACAUCCAUGAGGUCAAAGUGCAGCGCCCCGGCAUGGAGGAGCUGUGAGCUCCAAUAAAACGCUUGUGAUCAUGGCAGGCAGGCCUCCGGUGCUUCUGUGUCUUGUGCGUCUGAGUCUAUCACCCCCGCUCUUCUGGUGCCUACACACACACACACACACACACACACACGUGUGGUGUGGUGCCAGACCAACUCGGCGGUGUGUGUAGAUGCCCCAGUUACUCUCUUAAUCUCUAUUUAAGAUUUUUAGUUUGACGUUCGGUCCAUUUCAGUCCCACAGAGAAGAUCAAAUCAGCCUGACUGCACUUGUACACACACACACACACACACACACACACACACUCACACACUCAAGUAAAAACACACU